GGCACUGAAACAUCAGCUAAAUCUUUUAAAAAGAAGACGGGAGCAGAUCAGGGGGAGAGAGAAAAAGAUUGCUCUCAGACGCCCCCAAAUCUUUCCCUAAUAAGGCAGCUUUUCUCCAGGCCAAAGAGGAAAGAAGGAAGGAAGGAAGAAAGAAAGAAAGAAAAAAAAGCAAAGUGGACAAACAUUUGUUUGUUUGGAAAUGUCUUUUCCUUCUGGAAACCUGGAGGAUGCAGCAAAGCAAAGACCCAAAGACAGCAAAAUGAGGAGAGAAGAGCUGGACAAUCCACAACCAGAGGGAAAGAGGUUGAAGCUGGGCAACGAAGAGGGACAUCUGAAGAAAAAGGAAGGAGCAGAAGAGGACCGGGAGAAGUCUCCACACCUGGGAAGAGAAGAAUCUGGAACUCAAACCGAUGGGGAAGGCCAAACUAGCCAUAAAUCUGAUGCUGCGGAAGUGACCCCGAACGCCAGGACUGGUCCACAUGGUUCAGCUUUGACAAUGCUGAUGACAAACAACAUAGAGGAAACCGUAGAGAAGCCCAAUGUAAGUGGAAGUUACAGUUUUCUUGAGCGAAGCAUUAUUUCUGAUACUAAAGUGGAGUGCAGCUCUUGUGUAGAAACAGUGGACAGAAAACUCUCACGACAACAGAUGAAUUGUGAAAGGAGUCAAUUAAGGGGUAAUCAGGAAGCCACUGCACCUCCUGAAACGAUGGCCCAGCCUUACGCCUCCGCCCAGUUUGCUCCUCCUCAAAACGGCAUCCCAGGAGACUACACCGGCCCCCAUCCUCACCCGACCCCCGACUACUCCGGGCAAACCACGGUUACAGAGCACACGUUAAAUCUGUACCCACCUGCGCAGACGCACUCCGAACCAAACACAAGUGACACAAAUGCACAAACUGUCUCAGGCACAGCCACCCAGACGGACGAUGCAGCACAGACCGACGGUCAGCAACAGACACAAUCUUCUGAAAACACAGAGAACAAAUCACAGCCCAAACGGCUGCAUGUUUCAAAUAUUCCCUUCAGAUUUCGGGAUCCAGACCUCAGACAAAUGUUUGGGCAAUUUGGUAAAAUCUUAGAUGUUGAAAUUAUUUUUAAUGAGCGAGGCUCAAAGGGAUUUGGUUUCGUUACUUUCGAAAAUAGUGCUGAUGCGGAAAGGGCGAGGGAGAAAUUACACGGCACCGUGGUAGAGGGCCGUAAAAUCGAGGUAAAUAAUGCAACAGCACGGGUCAUGACGAAUAAGAAGACAGUUAACCCUUAUACAAACGGUUGGAAAUUAAAUCCAGUUGUUGGUGCAGUCUAUAGUCCAGAAUUCUAUGCAGGCAGGGUGCUCCUGUGCCAGGCAAAUCAAGAAGGAUCUCCCAUGUACAGUGCCCCCAGUUCACUAGUAUACACGUCUACAAUGCCGGGUUUCCCGUAUCCAGCUGCAACUGCAGCUGCCGCGUACCGAGGGGCCCACCUUCGAGGCAGAGGUCGCACCGUCUACAACACAUUUCGAGCUGCAGCACCCCCGCCACCGAUUCCAGCUUACGGCGGUGUUGUUUACCAGGAUGGAUUUUAUGGUGCAGACAUUUAUGGGGGUUACGCAGCCUAUCGGUAUGCCCAGCCUACUACCGCUACCGCCACUGCCUACAGUGAUAGAAAUCAAUUCGUCUUCGUUGCAACCGAUGAAAUUUCUUGUAACACCUCGGCAGUUACGGACGACUUUAUGCUGCAGACCCCUACCACCACACACUUGCUCCAGCAGCCACCUACGGCGUUGGUGCCAUGCCCAUUUAGUGAUCCUCACAGAUUUUGUUCAGUUUGCAUUUCUAAGAGAAAUGAGCUGAUCUGCGCCAACUGAAAUAUUACAACAAUGGCCAGGCCAAUGGGACAUUUAUUUGAAUUUUGCACAGCACUUUUCAGCCGAAAAAAAUAAAAUAAAAAAAAGACUCAACAGUACCCGUAAAAUGUUAAUUACGGAUGAAGGGCAUUUUAAUGGUGCCACCAGAGAAAGAAAAAUGAAUGUAUCAACGUGCGUUGGGCGCAAGAAGUGAAAGAUGGUAGGACAGACUCGGAAGGCAGAAUACAAGUGUUUACAUAAAUAAAAAUAAAGAAAUAUUAUUUAUAGGUCCAUUUGAUUUUUCUUGUUAAUGCCAUCAGUGUUGGAUUAUUAAAACAAAACUUGAUCAACAGAUUUAUGAAGAGAUUGACUUCUCUAUUCCCCAAAAAAUGUUGUCAGUAGAACAGUCCAUGAGGAAACCCCCCCCCCACACACACACACGUGAAUGCAUUUUCCCUUUGUGGGUUUUACAAAGGCCUGUAAAAAAUAGGAGAUGGGAUUUUGACUUUCUAAUGAAUGAGAACAAAGGUUCACCAGCUAAAUCACCUUGGGUGAUUUUAAGCCGUGUGGAUUUAACUCCCAGAAUUCCAUAGCUGGCUGGGGAAUUCUGGGAGUUGAAGUUCAUGGGCCUUCAAGUUGCCACGGUUGAGAAACGUUGAACUAAACACUCGCCAAUGACCCUAAGUGCCAUAUCCCUCUGCUGAGAUCUCACCUGCUCUGUCCUAAACCUUCCUGUCACCAAGAGAUGGUCCCACUGUCGUUGUGUAGUUGCUAUUGGUAUCCUUGCUUGUUAAUGAAGAAUGAAUUCUGCAGAUUUCUACAUUAAAAAAAAAAUAGCAUCAAGGGUGGAGUUUGGACCAUUUGAGACACAAAAUGAAUGGAAUCCAUUUGAUGAAUCAGCGUCAGUUCAUUAGUUAAUCAGGUCAUGAAUCCUUGUUUGGGCUGAUGAUGAUUCAUCGGGAGACCCACCGCUGACACAAUUUGGAUACAGGUAGUCCUCAAUUUACAUCCGAACCAACAUUUCUGUUGCUAAGCGGAACAAUCGUUCAGUGAGUUUUGCCCCAUUUCGCGACCUUAGCCACCGUUGCUAAGUGAAUCACCUCAAUUGUUCGGUUGGUAACACGGUUGUUAAGGGAAUCUGGCUUCCCCGCUUGAUUUUGCUUGUCAGAAGGUCACACAAUAAAAGGGGAAUCCCACAACCCCGGAACACGGUGUCCGUCCUAAACAUGAACCAAGCAUCUUGAAUUUUGAUCACGCGACCUCGUGAAGACGCUGAUCACGGUUCUAAGUGUGAAAAAACUGUCAUCU